AUGGCUAUCACCAAAUCAGUUUUCUCUUUGCUUCUCUUCACUCUCAUUGCUUUCUCUUUUCUUUUUGUUCCACAUGAUUGCACUGAUGCAAAGCCCCUUAAGGUUUGCAAGUUUGAUGCAAUAUAUAACACGGGGGACUCUAUCUCAGACACAGGCAACUUGAUUCGUAUGAAGACUCAGAACCCAGAUAUGCCUUUUUUUCGGCUUCCCUAUGGCCAAACCUACUUCAAAAAUGCAACCGGAAGGUGCUCCAAUGGGUUGCUAAUGAUUGAUUAUAUUGCUAAAUCAGCUGGAAUUCCAUUUCUUUCUCCCUUUUUGGAUAGGGAUGCAGUGGCUCGUGGUCAUGGGGUGAAUUUUGCAGUGCUUGAUGCCACUGCCUUGCCUAUGAAUGUACUUACAGCUAAUAGUAUUCCAUUACCACUUCAUUUUAGUUCUCUCAGUGAACAACUGGAUUGGAUGUCCACCUAUUUCAAUGAUACCUUUCACAAUCAGGAUGAUCGUGAUGAGAAGCUUAAAAAAGCCCUAUUCAUGGUCGGAGAAAUGGGAGGGAAUGAUUAUAACUUUCUAUUGCUCCUAGGCAAAACCAUUGAGCACAUCAGAGACAUUGUUCCAGAAGUUGUCAAAACAAUAAAGGACGCUGUCACAAGGGUCAUUGGUUAUGGUGCUGUGAGAGUGGUUGUCCCUGGAAACUUCCCAAUCGGCUGUUUACCGGUUUAUCUUACAAAAUACCACACCAAGAAUUCAGCUGCUUAUGAUGAUUUUCACUGCCUAAAGGGAUUGAAUAAUUUGUCAAUAUAUCACAAUGAUCUACUCAAACAAGCCAUUGAAGAUUUAAGAAAAGAAAAUCCUAAUGCUGUUAUAGUAUAUGGUGAUUAUUACAAUGCUUUCCAAUGGGUUUACCAAAAUGCUGCAAAUCUUGGCUUUGAUGCUUGUUCUGUGCAAAAAUCUUGCUGUGGUGCUGGAGGUGCUUAUGACUUUACCUUGGGAAAAACUUGUGGAAUUCCCGGUGUACCAGUUUGUUCCAAUCCAGAUGAACGUAUCAGUUGGGAUGGAAUUCAUAUGACGCACAAGGCAAACCAGUAUAUGGCAAAUUGGAUCAUCAAUGAUAUCUUACCUAAGCUUAAUUGCAAAGUUUAA